AUGUCGUCUCACCAUCGUUUCGGCCCUGUAGCUCCAGGCAUAGCUUUCAUCACGGGCGGAGCCAGAGGUUUGGGCAAUGCCAUUGCAGUCUCCUUCGCCAAAGAAGGUGCGCGCGGAAUCGCCCUCGUCGACAUCAACAACGAAGAAACCUUCGCCAAAGGCAAAGCCGCCGUCGAGGCCUACGGCGCGAAAUGCAUAACCAUCCACGCGGACGUCACGCAAGAAGACCAAGUCGCCCACGCCAUCGCCGAGACCGUGAAAGAAUUCGGCCGGAUCGAUUACGCGGCCAACUUCGCGGGGAUCGUGGGGCCCUUGGGGAAUUCCUGGGAGGUGGAGACGAAGGAUUGGAAGAAGGUGAUUGAGGUGAAUCUGAUCGGGGUGUGGUUGUGUACGAAGUUGGAGAUGAAGCAGAUGUUGGAGCAGGAGUCCAUUGCCGAGGGGAUCGAGGAUGGGAGGAUUCCGCAGAAGGGGUCGAUUGUUAAUUGUGCUUCUGUGAAUUCCAUCCAGGCCGGGGCUGGCACGACGGGGUAUACGGCGGCGAAGCAUGGGGUUGUUGGUAUCACCAAAGCUGCGGCGUUGGAGGGGAGGGAUAAGCAUGUGAGGGUGAAUGCCGUGAGUCCUGGGUUUUUGCAGACGAAUCUGUUCGAUGAUGUGCCUGGUCUGCCGGAUGAUCUUUGGGCUGUGUUUGAGGCGAGGCAGGGGCGGGUAGCGAAGAAUGAAGAGAUUGGGGAUGUGGUGGUGCUAUUAAGUACGCCGAGAAUGAGCCUAGUAAAUGGGCACAAUCUGGUGAUUGACAACGGCUUCACGAUCAACGAGAAUGCACUAUAA